ACAACCCGAAACUACUUCUAUUAGCAUGAAGGAAACUUAUCUCCGAUUGUAUCGUUUGUAGUCCAAAAGAGUAUUUUUGGUAUUUAGUGUCAAAAUUUAAACGAAAUACUGCAAGAUGUAGUUUCCCUAAAUAAAUUCUUAAUUUUUGUAGGUCUACUUUCGUAACAUCAUUCAAAAUUGCUUCUUAACACCGUCAAGUAUUGCUUCCUAAAUCUGCCCAAUCAAUCCUGCCUAAAUUUGCUUCUCACAAUCAAUAUGGGUGUACCAUCUCAAUGCUGCUCAAAAAUGUUUUUCAAUAGCGCUUCCUCUACCUUCUUAAUGCCGUUCGUCAAAACUCCUAUGUCUACUUCCCACAUGCAGCUGAAAGUUGCUUCUCAACACCUUUCCAAUGCUACUCAAAAAUGCUCUUCAAUACCGCUGUACCUUUGUAAAGCCGGUCGUCAAACCGCUAGAUAUUACUCCCAAAUGCAGCCCAAAGUUACUCCACAAUACCGCUGAAUAUACCUCCCUAAUGCUUCUAAACGCCGCUAGGUAUAACUGUCAAUGCUACUCAGAAUUACUCCUCAAUGCCUUUAGGCGAAUCUUCCCAAUCAAUUCUGCCUAAAGUUGCUUCUCACUACCAAUAUGGGUGUAGCUUCCCAAUACUGCUCAAAAUGCUCUUCCAUAGUGCUUCCUGUAUCUUCCUAAUGCUGGACGUCAAAACCGCUGUAUCUACCUCCCAAAUGCAUCCCAAAGUUGCUCCACAAUACCGCUGAACAUACCUCCCUAAUUCUUCUAAACCCCGAUAGAUAUAACUGUCAAUGCUACUCAGAAUUACUCCUCAAUGCCUUUAGGCGAAUCUUCCCAAUCAAUUCUGCCUAAAGUUGCUUCUCACUACCAAUAUGGGUGUAGCUUCCCAAUACUGCUCAAAAUGCUCUUCCAUAGUGCUUCCUGUAUCUUCCUAAUGCUGGACGUCAAAACCGCUGUAUCUACCUCCCAAAUGCAUCCCAAAGUUGCUCCACAAUACCGCUGAACAUACCUCCCUAAUUCUUCUAAACCCCGAUAGAUAUAACUGUCAAUGCUACUCAGAAUUACUCCUCAAUGCCUUUAGGCGAAUCUUCCCAAUCAAUUCUGCCUAAAGUUGCUUCUCACUACCAAUAUGGGUGUACCUUUCCAAUGCUGCUCACAAUGCUCUUCAAUAGUGCUUCCUGUAUCUUCCUAAUGCUGGAUGUCAAAACCGCUGUAUCUACCUCCCAAAUGCAGCCCAAAGUUGCUCCACAAUACCGCUGAACAUACCUCCAUUAUGCUUCUAAACGCCGCUAGAUAUAACUGUCAAUGCUGCUCAGAAUUACUCCUCAAUGCCGUUAGGUGAGGAAUGGCGGAUAAAAAUUAUGGGACAUGAAGUCAAGAGAAUCUUUAAUUUUCCGAAAAUCUGUUCAGAAAAAAUAAAUUAAAUCUGUGAUCAAUUAUUAGAUACAUAAGUGUCGAUAAGAAUAUUAUUUAAACACUUAGAGUAUCAAUCAAGAAUUUCCUGUAAAAGAGAUUAGUUCUCUUAUUUAAACAAUAUCUAACACUGUUUUUGUCCUUGUGAUAAAAUCUUUUCUAAGUAAUAUACGCAACAGAUAUGAAUUUUUCAAGAAAACGCUCUCAUGAUCGAAACAUUUCCAUCAUGUUUUCCGUGGUAAAAUGAUAUUUAAUAUCAAUAGAAGUCCAAUUGACGUUUAACCAAUCAUAAAGAAAUUUAUGAAAGCACUUGACUCAGUCUUACAAAACAACAGUGAAUACGAGCACGAGACAAAGCAAACUGAAGAUGUUGCUAACGAUGAAACUAUCGUUCCUGGAAGAUUCGACGGGUAUCAAGGAGAAUUACUGUACAAUUCGUUACAUGGCUGCGGCAGAUUCAAAUGGUUAUUAGAUAACGGGUUAGAAAAUAUUUAUGAUGGUAAUUUUUUUGUAAACGACUUGGAGGGAUAUGGGCACGUUGUAUAUUCAUCUGGUGGAAUCUUUGAAGGAUUGUUUAAACGAAGCCGUCGCUUUGGACCGGGAGUUUUUACAUAUCCCUACGGAUUUCAAGACGUGGGGUUGUGGGAUGGUAAUUAUCUGGUAAGACUCAGUUGUCCCGUGAAUUUUAAAGUAAUUCCACGACUAGCUUUCUCACAAAACGCAAAAUAUCGAUUACUGAAAUUCAGAAAACUAGUAACAAUUUAUCCUGAACUCUCUGACAAGGCUGGAGAUAUUUUAACAACUUUAGGUUGUACUAGUGAUCUGGCUUGUACCAUUGGUACAGACCGGUUGUACAAUAACUUGGUCAGGAACAGAGACAGCACAUUUUUGGACAAAAAUCUAUUCAAUAAACUUUUCUUUGGGUGCAAGAGUAAGGUUGAGAUGUUGGUGUCAACCGAAGAAGAAAAAGAGAUCACUUCAACCAUCAGCAAACGCGUGAGCAUUGAAUCAGACAGAAAUUAUCUUUGCCCUAUAACCGAUAAGGAAAUCCAACUACAAGAGCUCAACAAAUAUAUCGAAACAAUGACCAAGCUGAUCGAUUAUCUUGGCUUAAAAAAAGAGGAAAUUCUGCAAGGCUAUUUCGACGUUAUCGAAACAUCAGAUGCAGCUGAAGAAGGAGGAGAAGAAGAAGAAGAAAAAGGAGAAGAAGAAAAGGAACCCGAGGAUAUUAUGCAGUUGUUGUAUUACAACUAUGAUUUGAGCCAAUUUUUAGAGGCCGUUCCAUGGUUGCUAAGAGCUACGUCUGCACUGAAAAGGAUUUACAGAAGAAUAAAGAGAAUUGCCCAAGCAGAAGACGGUUCUGGUGAUUACGGGGAGUGUUUUGAUAAGAUAAAAGAGCAAUUCCUUCAAAAACUGGAAGACCUGCUACGCAUUGCAACGUAUAACAGGGAAAUGUUUGUAGCCGAAAGGGACAAACUGUGGGAGAGUUUGCAAAUUGGCGAAGAAGAAGAAGAGCAGGAGGUCGACGAAAAAACAAAACCUGAACAAAAAUGCAGGUUUAAAACACUUAACCCAUCGGACAUACUGGCCUGGAAUAAUGAAGAGACCAUCAUUGAAAUGAUGAUUCAUUCUUUUUUGCAUCAAGACAUGGAAGACCAGGUUUCCUGCGAUGUGUUCUCUCUAAUAUCCGGUAACCGAUCUAAAUAUAAACAGCGGGGUCCGUAUGAGGAAGAUUGUCUAUUCUUUUUGCAGUGUUGUUCUUCGGGGAGCAUAGAAAAGAUUAACAGGCUGAGUUGCAAGUAUAUAAAUCCGGAUAUUUCUGAUUGCAAAGGGAAUACUGGAAUGUUAGUUGCUGUCUCUAACGAUAACAUUGAUGUGAUAAGAGCCCUGGGAGAUUUAGGAGCUGCCGUAAACGUAACCAAUGAUGAGUGCCUCACACCACUUACUUUGUGCUUGUGCAAAUACUUGUCAAUCUUUUACAAAGUUACAAACUGGGAACUUGCUUUCUUACCACCUCCGAGUAAGAAGCAAUUGGAAUUGAACUUCCAAUGGUACCCUUCCAAACCGUUGGACGAUUUCCUGGAGAAUCCCGCGGACGAAGAUAACUCGGAAGAGUUGCACAUUUUCGUUCAUAAAACUAGAAGCGUUUAUCCAGAGAAGAUCAACGAUUUUUCCGACAAAAAGCAGAAAUAUGUUCUCAGCACGGAAUGCGUUAAACCGGUUGUGCCGAAACGUAAAGAGAAAGGCAAAAAGAAAAAAGACAAAAAGAAGGCGAAAAAGAAAGAAAAAUCGAAGACGAAGAGUGCCGCUUCGUCGAAAAGCGAUAAGAAUAAGGAAAAAGAAAAAAGAAAAGAACAAGCAUUAAGAGAACAAUAUGAAAAAGAAAUGCUGGAAAUGCAAAAGAAAUUGGACACAGUUUCUUCAACAAUAUAUGUCGUACUUGAGAUAGGUGCCGAUCCAAAUUUUGGGGAGGUUCCCUUACCUCCCCUUAUCUUGGCUUUAUUUUCAAGUAACGUUUCGUUAGUAACUAAACUUCUGUCUCAUCACGCCGACCCAAACAUAAGAUGUAGGGACAAAAACAUGACCCCGUUGCAUUAUUUGGCGUCCAAGCCACUCUCGAAGGAAGAUCCAAAGAUAUUGCGCACCGUCCUCCAAUAUCAGGCCAAUCCAAAUUCGAUAACAGACAGCACGCAUUGGCCUCGAGAGGCCGAAGUGAUUUUGGGAAAGGAAAAACUAAAAAACGCGAACGAUGAAGGUAAAACCGCUUUACACAUUCUCAGCAUGAGGUACGACUACCUCCAAGAGGAUAGCGAAACCAUAAUGAUUGAAAUGGUGCGGACCUUGUCGUAUUUCGGGGCAAACACUGAGUUGCAGUAUUUGGGCCAUACCCCAUUGACUUUGGCAAUACUUAGAGGGAAUAUUCAGUUGGUGGAUGAAAUGCUCAAGACCAAUCUGUACAAUGCCAAUCAGAUUCUUGGACGUAACAUGGGAGUCCCACUGACAGUGCUCUUGUUGCCUUCUUAUAUCGAGGUGCAACCCCCAAAUAUCGGUAAAUCUAUGAUUGAAACGCUCAUACAGCACAACGCGAAUCCUUUGAAUGUGAUAGGCGAUUCAGGAAACGCCAUCGAAUUUUUGAUAAAUCUAAACAAACCGCCGAAGAAGGACAAGAAGGAUAAGAAAGAUAAGAAAGACAAAUCGAAAAAACAGAAGAAAGGAAAAUCAAGCAAAGGUUCCAAAAUGAGUAAAAAAGCCAGAGCAGCACAACUGGCCCUAACGAAAUUCUUCAAAGAGCAGACCAGAAAUGUAUUGAUGAGAAACAUCCAAGCCAAAUGCGUCAAGUAUUUGUUCAUUCUCGCAUCAGAAGAAUGUCUAGAAGACGAGUUUCUAACGAACGUCGCCAGACUCGUAUCAGUGGAGGAAGCUUUCAAUAUCAUGCAACUGUUGAUCGAAAAUAAACGGAUAAAAAUCGACGAGAACUAUAAAGAAACUUGUUACGCGGUUUUAAAAUUCAUCGAGGAUGCUAACCAGCCGGAACCGUCUUCCAAAAGGAGCGCCAUUCCAUCCCGAACUACCUCAGUAGCAGAACUCAUAGAAGACCUUAAGACAGUUGUAAAACCGUACGAGACAAACAAAUACUUGGCAUAUCCCCCGGAACUCGACAAAUGCAAUAAGAACAAAUAUAACGUUUGUUUUAAUUGUUGUUGCGCCUUCGGAAAGAACCUCGUGGCCUGUCCUAAAUGUUUCAUGGUUUAUUUCUGUUCGGAAGCAUGCAAUAAACAAAAUAAUUCUUUAAAAACGACAAAACACAAAUGCAAAGGUUUGUUCUACAAAUCGGAAAAGGAAAAACUGGACAACUAUGCACAGUUGGACAUUCCUUACGAAUCUCCGUUGGAACGAAAACUGAAAUGGGUGGCGGAACUUGUCCGCGAACGGAAACUAAACAUCAAACUGAGAAAGAGGGCACUUAGGGAAUACGAAAUGAUUUAUGGGAAAGUGAAGGAAGGGAAAGAUAGUUUGAAGAAGUUGGAACAGCGAGAAAAGUUCAUAGAAGAAAAGAUAAUUCAUUAUAAGAAAGCAAUUGCAGAAAACGACAACAAAGGAAGAACUAAACAAAAGGAAUGUAGAGGUAGAAACAUUGAAUUCUCAACGAGGGAGACCUCGAGGAACAAUUCCCCAGCGAACAAUAAUACCACAGUCGAAUUACAAAGCGAGAGGAAUCAUACUUCGGGUGAUAGAAGAAAACUGGUCAGCGGUGAUUCGACACCAAGCAAACCUCAAAAAGGAAGUGUGUGGUCAUCCACGGACCAAGGCAGUAGUUGUAAAGAAAACUGUUACUCGAUUCUAAACCAAGGAAAUAAUCUGGACUCCACUGAUUGGGACUCGAAGAUACCACGGUCAUCCAAGCAUGGAAAUGGUAGAAACGAUUUUGAUCCAAAGAACACUCAAACCAAAGGUCACUUGUCAGAUAGAAAUCACGACAGCGGUGAUGGUAAAGACAAGUGGGAAUCGAAAGAGGCUCGUACAAAGACAUUGUGGUCUCCCAAGGACCACCGAGGUGGUGGUAGUAAAGACAAGGAUCAUCCGAAAAGGAAGCAUUCAAAUGUUCAAGAAAAUUGGGAUAGAAAGGAGAGACGAACGAAGACACAACUGUCAUCAAGAAGUAACGAACGAAGAAGGAAUACUUGGGACCCAAAAGAGAAGCGAUUACACACAACAAAAGGUCAUGAUGGUGAUAGUAGAAUUAAUUAUGGGCAACACCCUCUGAAUGCCAAAGACACAACCAAAACGUCACUAAACAAAAAACAAGGUAAUAAACUUAAUGUCCACCAACCUUCGAGAAAACAGCCACGCUCUUUAGGAACUGACGAAGUCAUGUCUUCUUUGAAAAAAUCCUACCUUCUUGGGACAGAUACUGACAGGAAACGUAUGAUUUCCGCAAGGAGACAACUGGAGUUUUACCUUUCUCAGUCACCCCGAUUGAACAUGAAACAACAAAGAACACCCAAAGGUUUACACAAGUUUCUUGUCAGGAAUGCCUCUUCCAAAUUGGGAAGAUUAUGUACACAAGGUGCCCACUAUCAAGGGUUCAUGUAUCCUUCGAAAAUUCCUAGUAAAUUCCAGAUCCUUUUGGGGAAACUUACCGAGCACAUGUCCGACUUUGAUCUUAAACGGUUACUCCUCCCAUACUCGUGUUUCACCGGAGAUCAACUCUAUUUCAGAUUCAAAAGAUCAAAUGUACCCACUUGUGGAACGUAUAGCGACGUAUGAUCAUUUUUAUUUAUUAUUUUUACACUGUAUUGAUAUCAUUCAGUUUCUUUAUUCACUUUUAUCUAUUUUUAGUUGUUAUCAUAGAAUUCAUUUGUUACAAAGUGCUUUUUGUUUCUCGUUUUGGAAAUAUACCGUUUCAGUUAGAAUUCAUUAUUCUUUUAUUUCUGGAACGAUUGUUAGCGCUAAGUAUUUAAUCUAAAUGUGUAAACUACAAAACGCGUUAUAGACAGCGAUAAGCAUAAAAACGGUUGCAUUGAGAAACGUGUUCCAUUCGUUUCUGCUUCGCAAUUAUUGGGAUUCCUAUUUAACUUUUAGGUCGCGGUCUCGUUAGUAUCUAGCAAUAUUGG